CUUCUCCCUUUUGUUAUCUCGUGUCAUUCCUUUUUCCUCCUGCUUCUCUGUGUUGGUAGUCUCUUUCACUGCACUCUAUUUCUCAUGAUUUUCAUUGCAGUCUAACAAGAUGUUAGUGAACAAACUUGCGAGAACAAACUCGCGAGUUCUCGAAUUUGAUAAUUGUCCCCAACACAAUGAAUUACACGCAGCAUCCGCAUAUCCCUUGUUUUAUGAUCCAUUUUUACUAUUUGCAGUACCAUUCAAACGUGGCCAUCUUACCACUCACUAUAAGUUUGGACGUGGAUUCUUAACACGCGGUCUAUGCUUGGUCCCGAUACCCGAGAUACUUGUGCGGACAGGUCUUCUGGGCGAGGUAUCGCGCACAUGCCGUUUACCAAGAGCGUGUCGCCAUGUUCGUGCCUCCGAUCACCCCGGAGCACUGCUGAGCCGUCAAGGAAGACAAGAGGCUAUCGAGGCGCUAGUUGGUCCCGGUGCGAGCUCUGAGGGGGAUGGGACGCAUGAUGUUUUGCCAAUAGAUGGACGGGACGAAGAUUCCAGUAUUCCACCAGCAAUUUUGGGAGAAGAGCUGCAUGGUAUCAACGAGCUCGAGAAAGACAUUGGCGUCAGGAUGCUUAUUUUACAACUCAGAUCACACUUCAAGUAUCAAGAUGCACACGGUGCACAUAUUUGGUAUUCGGAUGGAGUCACUGCCCGAGAGCUCGACGUUGCGAUCCCCAGCAGCCUUGGCAUACCGGAUAAUGAGGUGAAUUUCGCGAACGAAUGGAUGACCAGCGCAGGAAGGAGAAUGAUGAUGUACAGUGAUAAUGACACAGUUGCGAGAGAUGAGCUCUAG